GGCAAAAAAUGGCGAAAUGCACUACUUAAAACUUGGAGAGCUUGUCAGUAGUAGUCAUUGUAUUGAUCAUUAAUUUGCAAAACAACUUCAUUAACAAAUGCAACCAUACUAAAAUUGAAGCAAAACGGUUUCUUGUUUCCCUGUCCUGCACUGGAGUCCGAUCUGAACAGAAGGUAAUUCCACUGCCCUGGGGCCAGAACAGACAGCAGUCGUGACCGAGAAGUGCAGGUGUGACGAGGGGGAGGUGCCCGGCGUCCGAAAGUCACAGAACGGAGAGGUGGUGUUCUAGUGAUUAGGCAGCAUGUUGGAAUCAUCCUAUAGGGAUAUCUACUGCUCCGGGGGUCAUGAGCAGCUCGACACCAAGCGAUCCCCGCAGAAAAGAGGGCGGAGCUCUGUUGACAUGGAGACGAGCCUGACGGAGGGACAGUACGUCCUAUGCCGUUGGUCAGACGGGCUGUACUACCUGGGAAAGAUCCAGAGAGUGAGCCCCUCCAAGCAGAGCUGUUUUGUCACCUUUGAGGACAACUCCAAGUUCUGGGUCCUUUGGAAAGACAUCCAGCAUGCGGGCGUUCCCGGGGAAGAGCCUGAGUGCGUGGUGUGCUCCGGCAGGGCCCUGCUGCCUGACAACGAGAUCCUCAUCUGCGGCAAGUGCGGAAUAGGUUACCACCAGCAGUGUCACCUGCCCCAGGUGGAGAGCGCGCUGGACUCGUCCCCCUGGUUCUGCCGGAGGUGCAUCUUCGCCUUAGCCGUGCGGAAAGGGGGUGCUCUGAAGAAGGGCCCCAUUGCCAAGGCCUUGCAGGCCAUGAAGCAGGUGCUGACCUAUAACCCCGAGGAGCUAGAGUGGGACUCCCUCCACCGAACCAAUCACCAGCAGUGUUACUGCUACUGCGGCGGCCCUGGAGAGUGGUACCUAAAGAUGCUGCAGUGCUUUCGAUGUGGCCAGUGGUUCCACGAGGCUUGCAUUCAGUGUUUGCAGGAGUCCAUGAUGUUUGGAGACAGAUUUUAUUUGUUCAUCUGUGCUGUGUGCAAUAAGGGCGUGGAGUACAUCAAGCGCCUGGCUCUGAGAUGGGUGGAUGUGGUACACCUUGCCCUCUACAACCUGGGUGUUCAGAGUAAGAAGAAGUACUUUGAGCUGGAAGAGAUCCUCAACUUUGUCAGCAAUAACUGGGAUCACUUCCAACUGGGCAAGCUCUUCAACACACCGCUCCACGAGAGAAGCCAGUACCUCCUCGACGCUCUCAAUAACUACAAAAGCAAGUUCCUCUGCGGGAAAGAGAUCAAGAAGAGGAAAUGCAUCUUUCGGCUGAGGUCACGGGUUCCCCCCAACCCCCCGUCCAAACUCUUCCCCGAGAGGGCGCAGAACUGCGAGGGGCGGGAGGGACGGAAGAGGGCCCGGGGCAGGAACAGCUCCCGUCACCCUGACUCUCAGCCCCAGAAGAAGAAGAGGUCAAAGUGGCUGUUAGAAGACGCCAUUCCCAACAAUGAACUUACUACUUCCUUGAGUACAAACCACCACAUGGCAAAUAUAUUUGAUUUCACCCUGGACGAGCUGCAGAGCUUAAAAAGCACCAGCUCAGGACGGACCUUCAGCUUGGACCUGGACUCCACGGAUGCAGCAAGCACCUCCGGCUCGGCCACCACCAGCGUGUCCUACGACCUGCGGAAGAACGUGGGCAGCAGGAAGAGGAAACUGCGCAUGUCGUCCUACGCCCCGCUGGCCAGCCGAGCGGCGGUCGCCGAGGGCGACCUGGGCGCGGGCGCGCUGGAGGAGGCGGAGCCCCCGGAGGCCACGGAGCAGCACGCCAUCGACAGCCACACCUUCGACAGCAUCAACGAGGACGACUCGUCCCUGUCCCACCUCAAGUCCUCCAUCACCAGCUACUUCGGCGCCGCCGGCCGGCUCAACUGCGGGGAGAAGUACCAGGUCCUGGCCCGCCGGGUCACCCCGGAGGGCAAGGUCCAGUACCUGGUGGAGUGGGAGGGCACCACCCCCUACUGAGCCAGGCUGGCUGGGGAAGGCGGCCGGACGGCGGGAUUGUGUCCUGCUCUUCACCUGGUCCGCUCCUCCAGGAGACCACAUCUUUUACCUUUUACAUUUCCCUCUCCGUAGUUCUGUUUUUCCCCUCACUCCCAGCACAGACCUUUUGCGCACCGCUUGCCUUUAGUUACACAUUAUAUUAUGUUCAAUGCAGAAACUGUAGUCGUAAAAAAAAAAAAAGCAAUAUGGAGCUGCUGUGUUUUGUUCUCACAAAGCGGCAGUGCUUCUGCUGUGCUGCAGCGUCUAUUGAGUGAGCUUCACUGAAUGUGCCCUGCUGUCCGCUCUUCUUAGUCACGCCCUGUUAUGAAGCACUGCUUGUGUGUUUCUGUAGAGUCCUGCAAUGUUCACAUCCUAGAGUUUAUGCGCCUCUGUCUGAUACUUAAAGGGGGGAAGAUGAAUGAAUUCACAUUUCACCUUAUUGCACUUAAGAUUUUAGUUUUUAACCAACAUGUACAUUUACCUGGCAAGAGACUAUUUAAAGUUGCUACUGUUUAAUGUCUAGUUUGAAAUAUGCAUCUUUUGGGGCAGUGUGUUCAUUACAGUAUGUUCCUCUGUACUGUAUCUCUAUACCCCUUACAAACAAUAACAAUACAUUUUUUAUUGGGUUUAAAUGCCCAUCCGUGCACUUUUUCAUUCUGAUGGCAGCCAUUUUAAAUGUCUUCUCUCUUCUUUUUGAAAAGAAACUAAAAAAAUCCCUGUAGCUUCUGUUGUGAAAUGCAUUUUUAUUUACUGCUAAUCAGUGAUCUGCUUCACUCACCCCAGAAGCAGGUCAGCAGUUAUAUCAUGGAAGUAGCUAGCUGUAAAAAUAAUUUAUAGCCCACCUUACAACGCAGUUUGUCAAGUUGUCAGCAAUCAGAUCUGUAACUGCACAAGUCCAGGCUGCAUUCCCAUGUAUACUGGGUAGGUGACAUUUACUACAUAUCUUUAGUGUGUAUUUUGUCGCAAGAUGUAGGGUCACGUUUAUCUCAGACGAGAGUAAUAUACUGUAUUAAAUGUCACCGGAGCUUGUUAUUUCUGCUCAUUGUAAUUAUCUUUCUUCUGUGGGAAAAACAAUGAAACCAGAUGUCCCUAUAAAAGUGCUCUCCAUUUUCAUCCUCACAUAUUGUUCAUUUAACAUUUCCAAAGAAGUCUGUUGUUUUGCUGGCUAUAUUCUCCUUUGGGCUGGUCUUUCUCUCAGGUGCCUCACUAUGGUUUACAGGCAUAGAUAGUCUACACACCCUAACUGAGAACUGUAGUCCAGGCGGCAGAGUGAAUGGCCUGAAAUCGGCUCCUAGUGUAUCUGAAGUAUAUGUACAUUAUAAACAAUAUAGGCCUAUUACCUUUUAUAAUUAACAUUGUUUUUAGAUAAUCUGAAUAUUAGGCCACUCUCUUGCUUUGUUGCACUUUUAACAAAUUCCUUCAGCUAUGCAAUCUGUAAUCGUUUUGUAAAUUGAUACUUAUUCGACCAAAGUAUUAUUCGCUGUUAGAAUUUUUAAAUCGGCACCAAAACUGUUUUGUGUAUAAAUACUAUAAGCUCUAUGUUGACUAAGUCAUUAUUAAUAAAUGUAUACAGAUAUAAUUUUAGUGUGGUGGAUGAUAAUAUGCAUCCUCUAUCAUAACUUUUAGCACUUGAUUUGCAAAAAAUAAAAUAAAGAAAUUACAGUACAACUGUUCAAAGCAAAAGAGUGUAGAAAUCCAACUUAGGAGUUUAUGAUCACCUAAAGUAAUUUUUCCCAGAUUCAGUAUAUGGUAUUUCAGUCUGUCAGUUGUUUCAUGAAAAAAAAAAAAUCUUUGAAUACAGUGUUCCUGAAUUUGAAUAAUUAUACAGGGUGCGAUAUACAUGGCCUUUUUUUUUUAUUGGAAGAUCCUAUGUUUUUUCCCCUCAUUCUUUUCAUUGAAUUAAGCUGUAGACAGUGUUAAUGCUGGAGUGUGCGUGUGUGUAUGCCUGUGUGUGUGUGUGUGUGUGUGUGUGUGUGUGUGUGUGUGUGUCUGUGCAUACAACAUGUCAAAUUCAGCAGCUAAAAGCAGGACAUUCAUGCAGUAGCCAAUCAGGAACUGGCAUGCCAACCUCUAGUUUUAGGUGAACAUAUCACGGCCGGCGUAACAUAAAAUCUGAUGUCGCCACGGGCAUGUUUUCGGGAAUUCACAUUACUGCAACUGCAGCAAAUGCCGGCGUAAUUUUCAUGUUCUGUCACAGUCUUGUGCCAUCAAUCAGACAGAAAUGGACUGCCAUAUCUGGUGCUGUGUAAAUGAAUGGUGCAAUCACCACAUUACCUUCCAAGGCCAGAGGACCCUUUUCUCCAUUGUCAUUGAGUCUGCAUGGUGCUCUUCGCUUAUUGUUUGUGUUUGAUUACAUAAAACAACUUUAUACAUUUUGUUAAACAACAAUCACGUGGCUUUGAGCAUAUCCACAUACAGUAAAUCGCCUGCCAUUUCAUAAGUAGCCUGAAGUAGCUCCUGCUACUUAUUUCUUGUUUGAAGAAUUCGGGCGGAUGCUGAAGCUCUCUCUACCUUAACAAGGUAGUGUUGAUGUCAGCAGACAGCAAGCCCACAUUGUUAUCAUACUCUAUGGGACAUGUGGCUAGGUCACAAAACGUGAUUUGUUCAUUUCAGUUUUUUUAAUGCGACGAGUUGUUAAAAUAGAAAUGGCUUUAGAUAUAUGGUUAAUUGUAAAAUGACUAAUGGCUAUAAAUGAUUGGGCCUUGUGCAUUAUGAAUGACUAUUUGUUUCACACCUUUCCCAGGCUCACACUGUAAUUCUAGUGUAUAUCUGACUCAUUCUUCUCUCCUGCCACUUGCCUUGACAACACCGUGAGCUACAUCCACCCUAGUAACCAAUGCUCUGCCCAUUUAUCCUGAUUGGCCAGAAAAUGUCUGUCUUUUACUGUGGAAUUCCCCCUCCCUCUCUUGGCACUGUUUCAUAAGAAUGUGAACAUUAUGUAUUUGCAAACAUGCGGCUGUCCUGUCUAUUAAGAAUCAAUAUGAUUAUUUGAUGCUUGUCUUAUUGAAAUACUGUCGUCUUGGUGGUCAUUCGAAGAUACAGCUAUGCUGACAUUGACAUGUAUAUCGUUAGAACUGAUUAGACAAUUCAUGUAUUUAGCUCGUUCCACGUUUUUGUUUUUAUAACCAAUAUUUUAUGGAUUCUAUAGAUAUUCUAUGGAGCUCAUAUAGAUGUCAAGAGUGAUCUCCAAUAAGAUCUAACAUUAAAUAUUAUAUGCUUGUAAUACUAUGUACAUUAUUGUCAUGGCCAAAAAAAAAAAAUACUGUUAGCAUGUCGGAUUCAUCUUGUGUGAUAAAACGUAUUUUCAGAUUUGGUAGAUUUGACAGUAAAGCACAUAUUUCUUUUGUCAUCCAAUCACUGAAAAUGUACCAAAGGAGUAAAAUACAAUAGAAAGCUUGGUUCUGUCAUUGUGUAUGCCAUUAAUGUAACUGACUUACUGACAAAAUACUUAGAGAAUAGGUACAGCUGUUGAAGUUCUGUCUUCUGUAUAAACAGGUUGCAUUACCAUUGCAAUACUGCAUCUUGUAUUUUUUUAUUUUAUUUUAUUUUUUUUUUAAAUCUGCUUUUAUACAUAAUUUUAUCCAUUUUAAUGCAGGCUCCCCUUAUUCUGCAAUACAGAAUCAUUGUGAUAUUAUGUUUGUAGUGUUCUCACUGUCACAGAUAAAAUAAAGUUCAAGCUCACAUUCACUGUUUCUCUGCACUGUAAA